AUGCACCCUCACCGUCCGGACCUCAGCGGUCUGCCAAUGGACAAUGUAAUGCAACAUAUGGACCUGGACAUGUCUUCGCUUGACGGCACAGACGGCCAGAGCAGCGCCUUCGCUUUUGCCGACCCACAAAUGCAGCAGUCGGCCGUGCCACCAAACAACACCAUGGCCACCGACAUGCAAAUGACGGGCGCCGGCGCAGGCCCGCUGCCUACGGGCUUCGGUGCUCCCAAUAUGAAUCCCUCUGGCAGCACCCUCACCGAGUUCACAAAGCGUCGCAACUGGUCCCAACGCGUGCUCGAAGAGCUGCGCGACCUGCUGCACAUUCUAACCCCCGACGGCAGAAUCCUCUAUGUCUCCGCCUCGUGCAAGUCGUUGACCGGCUGGGAGCCUUCGCAUAUCAUGGGCCGCUUCAUUAACGAAUUUAUCCACCCAGACGACAUUGGAAUCUUUGUUAAGGAGUUCAACGAAUCUAUCGCCUCCGGCAACCCAUUGCGCUUCUUCUACCGCUUCCGCAAGACCGACGACUCGUGGGUCAUCUUCGAGUCCCAUGGCCACCCGCACCUUAGCAGCGACACAAACACGUUCGCGCCGCCAAACUCUAUCAAUUGUCGCGGCUUCUUCAUGAUGGCCCGCCCCUACCCGACCAAGAACGCCGCCCUCCUCGAUUCCUUCCUCGAACACAAGAUUGAAAACGAGCGUCUCAUGAAGCGCAUAGCCGAGCUCAAGCGUGAAGAGCAGGACGAGCAGGACGACUGGGCCAAAAAAGCCGACGGCGCCACAACCUCCAUGACACCCUCCGAAUCGCACGUCACCCAGAACAUGAGCCAAGCAGAUGCCGUAUCAUACGCACAAAUGCCGCCGCCGGCGAAACCAGUAGUAUCAAACACCGCCCUCACACGGCAAAACCUCGACGAAGCCCUUGCCGCAAGUAAGCCUGACAGCAUCAACGACAAGAUGGCGCGGUACGAGGGCGCGAACCAUCUCGAGACAAUCGAGAUGCUGACCGGUCUCCGCUACAGAGACGGCGAGCGCUCUCAGGGUAUAAGUACAGGCGAUGCUAGUCCUAACCUCAUACGCGGUGAUGCAGGCAUACAAAUAUCACUAGACCGGGACGGCAGAAACUCAUCGGAAAAGAAGAAAAAGCUGAAGAUUGCAGACGAGUAUGUAUGUACCGAUUGCGGAACGCUGGAUUCGCCCGAAUGGCGAAAAGGUCCAAACGGACCGAAGACACUCUGCAAUGCUUGUGGACUGCGUUGGGCAAAGAAAGAAAAGAAGAAGCAACAAGGUCCAAACUCGAGCUUGCAAAGUGGCAGCGGCGUGAUGCAUACACCAGCAAUGCCUAUGCAUAGUAGCACUGGCAGCAGUUGA